UCGUGUUUACAAAGGGAAACGAAUUUUAAUCGUUCACGCAGUCCACCGAGUUGUUUCGUGUUUUUUUAUAUUUCCUAGCCAAUUUCAUCUGAAAUAAUGGACGAAUCUAUCGGAAACAUCGCCGAUUUCGAUGCAUUAGACGAAUCAAUUGGAAACAUCGAUGAUUAUGAAGCGCUAUAUGAUGUGGAAGUCGACGAAGAUGAAACAACCCGUCUGAGCGAAAACGACCACGUAUUUUCUUUCACCGGGAUUCUUUUCCAGCGAUGUCACAGGAGCCAGCUGCGUCCGAAAGAAUGGACGAGGGCGCUCGUUUACGGGGACACUAAAGAUGAGAUCGUCGAUUGCUUGUGGGAGACAGCGGUGGCCAGAGUAGAACGGCAGGUUUUAUUCAAGGAUGAUACUCCCAGGUGGUCGGAAAACACUCAGCCCACAGUAAAUGACGCCAGUGAGUUCAUCACGCUCCAGGAUACAGCGAAAAAAAAAAUUCUACGCAAUCGAGACGCUAACAGCAAGAAUUUGGAGGGGCUGGAAAGGCAAAACAUUGCGAGUUUAUGUUUACGUGUGGUAAACUACUGUGGAAACUCAAGCACAUCCUCAAGCCAUCCAGCGUAAGUUGCUUUCCCCUCAAACCAUGGAUCGAGCUGGAGCGCAUUCUGUCGGGGACGAUUCCGCUUUAGCGGAAGAAUUACGCGUCAAACAUUCUCAUCUGGUGUCCACCACAGCUUCUGGCUUUUAUGGGCAAAUGUAAUUCAUUCUUCGCCAGCACACAAGCAAGACCAAAUGAAAAACGCUGAUGCUCAACCAAUUCAGCUUUCGAAAUACUUUCGAUGGGUCGCAUCUUCUGAACCGAGCAGACUGGAAGCCGUACACAGAGGAAUGAUUGUAGCGCAAAACAACAACAGUGGAUGGCUGAGAGAAAUAGGCAACGUGAAGAACCUCUUGAUGGACGCGAAACGAAGCAUUGAUGGAGCUUUGGCCAAAAUACACGAUCUGGAGAAUCGAGGACUUCUUGGGGCCGAGAUGUUUAAUUCCAUGGAAUUUGCUGUUCGACCGUAGGAAACGGAAUUAAGCCAAAGCCUAGCUGAUAGGGUAACGGAUGGCGAAGACGUGGACCACAAAUAAAAAAUUCGUAGGACAAAUGUCACAUGUUUCGUCCAGAGGACAUAUUCUGCAUUUUUUUUCUGUUGAUUUUGUUUAAAAUAAUAAAAAACGUUUAUGCUGAUCUAUCUUGUAAUUAUAUUGAAAUCCAAACGAGUUAUGUCAUUCUAAAGAGCCUUUUCUGGCAUAAAUACACCACA